UCGUGAGAUGGAAAAUUGUAAUGUUGUAAUUGUAAAGUGAGAUAGAAAUAAAAUACUUUGAUCCAUAAAAGCAUUAAUAUUGUAGAAAAGCUCAUUUAUAACAUAAUUUAGAUUGCAUAUAGAUAUGCACAUACAGUGUGUGAACAAAAAAGUGUAAUGAAGUAGCCAUAUAUUAUAGUUGAGUGUUCAAGAUGUUCACCACCAACGCCGUGCAAGCCGGCACGGUACCGACCCUUCAAUACCAGGAACACCCAACACAGAAAGCACAAGGGAAGAAUAUUGAGACUGUACAGCAAAAAAAUGCACAACAAACUCAACAAAAUCAGCAACAACAACAGGAAUUUCCUACAUUUUGCUAUACCACAAAUGUAAACAUGAUUGGCAAGAUUGGUACGGGUACAACCAGUGGUACUGGAGGGGUUGCGGGCAGUGUCAAUAUAGCUCAACUAACUACAAGUGAUGACAAAACAUGUUACAUCGCACAACCAUUCUCUUACAACUACGCCCUGGUGAACCAAAUGCAAAUAGCCCCAAAUGGAAUCCAAAACACAAUCUCAAACAUAAGUUUUAAAUGUGAUGUCUGUGGUCUCAUGUUUGGCCACCUUAGUUUACUCAAUUCCCACAAAAGGAUACAUAUUCAAGAUACAGAUAGCAAUAUAACAGUAGUAACAACUGGUGUGAGUGCUAACAAUGAAGUGACCAUGCCUCCACAUAUACAAAUACUCUCGUCCGACCCUAAUGAACAACAGCAGCAGCACCAUGUGCAGAUUCAAGACACAAAACCAGUUAUAAUAGAUAAAGUACAGAAAUGCAUUACUUGUGGAGGUCCCAUUGCUAACAACCCUAAAAGGAAAGGCCCGAAACUUAUAAGAUGCGAGAAUUGUAUUGCUCAGGAUACUGUAGAACAGAGAAAUAACCAGAUGAAUUCUACACAAGUUUUCGUUGCAUCAGAAGACAACGUGAAGUUCGAAGUGAGCGGCGUCAGCAGUAUCCAACCGGCAAGUGAUCCCCUAGCAAAUAACCAGACCACUCAACAAUCGCAGCAGCAACAAAAACCUUUACCUGGUCACCAUCCUGUAAAGAAACGGAACUUAGCCGCUGUAACAAAAUGUCAAAACUGCAAUGGCUCUGGAAUUAUUUUUGUUGGUGGAAAUAAAAGUAAACUAAAUCAAUCAAAUAUGGACAAACCAUUCCAUUGUAACAUAUGCGGCGGUUCAUUCUCUAGGUAUUCUUCAUUAUGGUCACACAAGAAAUUGCACUCUGGGGAGAAGAAUUUUAAAUGUGGUAUAUGUGGUAUCGCGUUUGCUAAAGCUGUUUAUUUGAAAAAUCAUUCCCGAAUUCACACAGGAGAGAAGCCAUAUAGAUGUAAUACUUGCGGUAUGCAAUUUUCUCAAUCGCCACAUCUAAAGAACCACGAAAGAACGCAUUCUGGAGAAAAACCAUACGUUUGUGAGGUCUGCGACAAAGGUUUUGCGAGACACGCAACAUUGUGGAAUCAUCGGCGUAUACAUACGGGGGAGAAACCUUACAAGUGUGAAACAUGUGGGUCAGCGUUCAGUCAAGCGGCACAUUUGAAGAACCACGCCAAGGUGCAUUCCGGAGAGAAACCUUUCAAGUGCGAUAUAUGUACAGCCGCAUUUGCGGAUCGAUUUGCGCUCAAGCGACACAGAGGCAUUCAUGAUAAAUAUGGUCAAACUACGCCGCUUCCCUCAAGAAUACAGCAAAACCAACAAGAAUUACAACAACCAAAUCAACAAAGUAAUGAACAACAAAACAGUCAAACGGCGGUAGAAGUCGAAUCCCGUGAUCAGAACCUUUGAGUCGAGAACUAACUUUGAAUUUCUCAGAACCCACCCAUAACGAAACUAAUACUAGCUCUUGAAUGGUACACUAUUCUUAUGACUUGAAGCUACUUGGGGAUGAAAUCCUAAGGGGGAUAGAAGACAUCGCCGCUAUGACAAGGAAUCGCUACUCGGAGCUUGAUCACUGCACAGGCAGCAAAUUUGACCAGCCACCAAGGUUCACUAGCCACAACCACACAGCUUUCCAGACACCUUAUACACACACUUUGUAUACUGAGCUGUUACUUAUUCAUGUAGUCAACUGAUAUAGAGGCUACGUGAAUAUUAUAAUCAGCAAAUAAUAUAGUACCGAUUUUUUUAUUCAUAAAAAUAACCUUAUAUAUUAUCAUUGUUUACAAAUGUAACACUUGACUUUACAAAUCUUUGGAAUAAUUAAAACAUAUCUCUUGUUUAAUUCAAUAGUAUUGCUAAUUACCAUUAUUUUAAAACUAUGCUGCCUCAGAAUACUGUAAGUUUUUUUUUUGUCUGUGCAAUACAAUUUUACUGUAUGUCGAUGGUGUACCAUAUGUACCUAAACACUCAUGACAUUUGUGUACAUAAUUAUUAAUAUACAUACAAUAAAAUGUACAAACAAAAAUUAUGUCGUGAGACCGAAGAUAAAGAGAAAAAAGAUUAGUCUGAUGUAACAAUUUUUCUGACAGUGUAAAUAUAUUAGAACACUUUUUAAAUUAGAAGCCUAUGUGAUUUAGUAUUUUAGCAUAUCCACUGACCCUUAAAUUAAGGUUUUGUUAUUUAUAACGGAUGAGUUGACUUAACAAUGUGUAAAUAGCUAAGUUUAGAAUGCAUUUUAUAAAAUACUUUUUUUUUGUUACAUUGUAGGCACAGCUCAUCCGGCGGCCCAUAUAUACAUCAUGUGAUGUUAAAUUAAGUUAGGAUUGGAAUUUAUAUUUACUAAAUAUAUUAUAGUAAAAUUUGUCUAGAACGAUAACCAGUUUUAUUGCUAUACAUUAUA